AUGUAUAAACUCCUGCUGUUGGUGCUCUGUGCGCUUCUUCAAGCAGCUUCAGUGUUCCCACUGUUGUCGGCUGACAGACCUGAAGUUUCGGCACCACGACAAGUUCGCUUCCACUCAAUCAACUUAAAAAACACUGUGCUCUGGAACCCAGGAAAAAGAACCAUCCCCGGAACCACGUACACCGUGGAGUACAGCAUAUACGGUGAUGCGGUGGAGGUGGAUGGUAUCGAGCAGGUGGUCUGGAGGUUGGUACCACACUGCAGUAGGAUCAUAACGACAGAGUGUGAUGUGACCAAUCAGACAGACGACACGGAGGAGGAAUAUUUUGUCAGAGUGAAAGCUAACGGACCACAAACGCACUCAGCCUGGACCGAAACCAGCGGCAGGUUCAAACCAAUGAUGGACACGAUCCUGGGAGCACCACGUGUUACGUUACAUUUAGAAGAUAAUUACCUGCACAUUAAGCUAAAGGGACCGUUCAGAUGGAGGAGCAGUGAAACUAAAGGACCGUCUAUGUUAAAAAUCAUCCCCUUCACUGUCUACAAUGUCACUGUGAACAACAAAAUGAGCAACUCAGUGCAAGAAUAUUUCCCAGUAGAAAACGAAUCUCUCAAACUGGGUCCACUGGAGUACAGUUCAGAGCACUGUGUGAUGGCCGAAGCCCUCUCACGGUCACUCCCUCUUAUCAGCAGGCAUUCUGACUGGAGCUGCAUCACCGUACCUGAAGACCCAGUUUUGAAGUGGAUACGGGUCCUGUUGUUGGGAGUUGUCAUUCCCACCUCCAUGUGUCUGUUUGUGUUGGCUGCAGUCGGAGGUUUUGCUUAUUACUACAUCUGGGGUCACAAACAGAAGCUGCCCAAAAGCACGGACCUGGUUCACAUAGAAGAGAAACACCAGACUUUGCAGCCAGAGAAACCUCUCACCAUCAUCAAUGUAAACAUAAUCAACGCUAAUCUGAAUGCAAAAGAGCCGAAGCUCAGCCCCUUUAGCAGCCUUCACCAUCAUAUCACUGAGGAGCCACCGCUCCUGCCACCUGCUGUCCUGCAUCAGCCACCCGUACACGUCGGAGUGGCACCGUCCUACGCAGCCCAGCAGCAACUUCAUCAUCUGCAGCACAUUCCAUCAUCAGGUCCAGAGUGGCAGCAAGACUCUCUAAGUGACGACUAUGGAUUCGUACAGCGAGAGGAGAACAUCCCCGCAGCCACUGACAUGCCAACCACGGCCGAGGUGAACCAGUACAGGACGCAGGACUGCGGUGGAGAAGCAGAAAAGGAGAGAUAUGAAGAACAGAUUACAAAAGAGGAGGAGGAAGAGGAGGAAGGAGAAAUGAGCACAUUCCUGAACUGGGAUCCGGAGACUCGUGUGCUGAAGAUCCCUCUGCUCGGCCAGUUUGACUCUGAUGAUACCACAGAGAUGAACAUAAGGACAGAGCCAGAGAUGAAAGUGGACACCAGUCUGCUCCUGCUCCGUCCUGUCCUCACCAGUGUGGUGGUCAGGCAGUCUUCAGAAGAUUCUGGAGAAGAGGAUGCGUUUACUAAGAUGGAGAAAGACUGGGGGCUGAGGAUUAAUUGCAAUGCUGAAUAA